AUGCAGCUGGGGCUGAGGGCCGCCGCCUCGCUGCCGCACAUCGCGCGGGGCCGCGGCGAGGAGGGCGGCGGGCGGCGCAGCCCCUGCCUGCUCGUGGCGCUGCGGCCGCGGAACGUGGAGGCCGAGCGGGAGCGGUUCUUCCGCGCCAGCUUCGCCUACGACCCGCAGUUCGAGUACGCCGAGCCCGUGCCCGCCGCCGUGCUGGACAAGUACGGGGCCGCCUCCGACCGCUUCGUGGCUCAGGCCAUCAGGAUCAUUCGUACUGUGCUGGAGAAGUACGGCACCUACGAGAGCUUCGAGGUGGCCACGGGCGGGCGGCUGCUGAGCAAGUGCCAGAUCUGGUCCGUGAUCCGAAAGUACAUGCAGAAGGAGGGCUGUGUGGGAGAGAGAAGAAGCUCCUCUGGGGGUAGAGUUAGCCCAGAGCACGAGCAGCUGGUGUGUCCCUGCCCUCGGGCAGUCCUGGUGGCAGCCUCUGCAGCUGCCCUUUGUCCCCAGCACCGAUUGGCAAAGGCAGGAUCUGCUUCCCAGCACCGCAGGCAGCGCGCUCCUGGACAUGAUGCUGCCAGAGGUUUCCCUGUGGAUUUCAGUGGGCUCACAGCUUGCAGCAGAGAUGCCCCACUGGUGGUGGUGCAGCUCACCGACGACCUCCUGUCCCAGGCAGUGAUGAUGGUGGAGGACAGCCGGCCCACGCUGGCCAUCAACCUGGCAGGAGCCCGGCAGCACUGGCUGGAGGGGAUGCUGCGCCACGAGAUAGGCACCCACUACAUCCGCGGGGUCAACAACACCCGGCAGCCCUGGCACAGCUCCGAGGGCCGCAAGCAGUACAGCCUGAAGCCCGCCAACCCCACGGAGGAGGGCUUGGCCAGCCUGCACAGCGUCCUGUUCCGCAAGCAGCCCUUCCUGUGGCGGGCAGCCCUGCUCUACUACACCAUCGAGCGCGCCAGCCGCCUCUCCUUCUCUGCCCUCUUCCAGGACCUGGAGCAGUACGUGCAGGACGCUGGUGUCCGGUGGGAGUACUGUGUGCGGGCCAAGCGGGGCCAGACGGACACCUCACAGCCAGGCUGUUUCAGUAAGGACCAGGUGUACCUGGACGGGAUUCUCCGCAUCCUGCGCCACCGGCAGACCAUCGACUUCCCACUGCUGGCUGCACUUGGAAAGGUGUCCUAUGAAGAUGUGAAUCGGCUGAAGAAGUUUGGGGUGCUGGAGAAGGCUCGCAUCCCACACUUCAUGCAGGAUCUGGAGCGCUACAUGAAGCAGCUGGAUCACAUUGUCACCACCAACGGCCUGGAUGAGGAAGAGCUGGAGCAGCUGCUGCCUGACUGAGGGGCACCCCCGAAGCAGCACCCCGAGGGUGUCAUGGUGCUGUUUGUUGGGUAUUUCUUGGGGCUGCAGCAGAGGGCAGAGCCCGAGGCGGGCGCUGUGCAUGUAGCGCUGUGUAGGGUAGCGCGGCCAAGGGCCCGUGUGGUUGUGUUGAUGUGUCCCCUGCAUCGUCCCUGUGUGUUUUGGGGAUGCCUGUGCUGCUCCACGUGGCUCUGGGGAGCCAGAGAAGAGGGUUCAGGGAGAGCGAGGGCAGAGUUGGGGCGAUGUGCUGCUCCCCGAGUGCAGAAGGCUGUGCUGGGGGGGUUGCAGUGGGGGGAUUGCUGUAGGGUACCAGGAGUGCUCCCAGCACUGUGGGGGCACCUGCUUGGGGCCAGAGACAGGGCUGGGGGCUCUGGGCUGUGCCUGGCAGGGAAUAAGGGCUGGACUGCACCCAGAUUGCCCCAUGGAUGCCUUUUCCACUCCCUACCCCUUCCCUCAUGUCCUCCCCCAGCAGCAGGAAGGACUUUCAUCCCCCAUUACCAAUCUCUGCCCAGCUCUGCACCCCAACUACAGCCACCCUGCCUGGCUUUGAGGACUCAGGGUGGGGACUGGGCUUGAUGUUAGGAAAAAAGCGUGUAAUAAAGGUGAUGUAAUGGAAAA